UCAGCAGCGAAAAUGGGUCGCGGUUGGGCAAACGCAGGCGACACACCUGGAUGGCCACAAUCAGGUAAAGUCCCUUCGGAUCGAAGCCCCUUCACGCGACAGUUGGCGGACAGUUGUCGCGAGGCACCGGACUCAAGACCAUGGCGAUCCACGUCGUCAGCGACUCGGUGGCGGAAGUCCAACCCUCCAACCGCAGUAAGCUCAUGGCCUCGAUUCCACUUCGAAUGGCUGUCCCGCGGCUCAACGAGUCUCCCCUGUUCCAGUCUCCCCGUCCACCACGCCGCAGGGCUGGACGGACAGGAAGGUUCUGGUACCCGCGCCAGCGCACCGCCUGCUCAAGGCCAUGUCCCCCGUGGUGGCGGUCGGCAAGUGGGUCGGCUUCUUCGCCUUCCGGGGGCUGGCCAACCCGAAGCAAGUGUUGACGGCGAUGUGCUGCACCCUCGGCCACCUCGCAGUGCCCACGUCGUCACGUGACUGUCCGCAGGUUCCACUGGGCUUCCCCCCGCGUCGCCUACCUGGCCGUCACCGUCCUGGGCAUGGCGAUGCAGCUGCUGGUGACCUUCGCGCCCGCCGACUGGGACGAGGCCACGACCUCCAUCAAGUUCCUCACCGGGACCAACGGGAUCAUGAUCUACCCCGGCAUGGCGGCCGCCCUGAUGCUGCUCUACGUGCGCGUGGGCGUGCACUGGCCGUGCGUCGCCGGCGCCAUCAAGCGCCUGGAGGCUCGCCUCGCCAGGGGCGACUACCCCACUGUGAAUCUGGGGCCGCAAAUCCGAUGGGUCACCAUGGCCUUUCUCUUCGCCAGCUUCGUCAUUGAAAUACUUGUGGACACCGUUCCGUACUGCCUCGGGGUUAUCCGGGAGGCGAGGUUCGAAGGAAGCAGCGAGUUUAUCCGCGAACUCUUCUUCACAACCAUCCCGCAAUUCCGGAACUUCCCGAACGCCUACAGCACGGCCCUGGCCCUGUGGUGCUUCCUGCUCCGGUUCCAGACCAAGUGCGUCAUGGUGUACAGCGACCUGCUGCUGGGGACGCUGAGCUGCGUCCUGGCCGCGCUGUUCGCGUCCGUCAAAGAGCGCGUCCGUGCCGGCGACUUCGAGACCAUGACCGACAGGGACUGGCAGGACAUCCGCGAGACCUACAACGCGGUCCUGGACCUGACGGCGGCGUUGAACCGCCUGCUGGGCCCCAUCAUCCUCAUCUCCUACACUUCCGGGCUGUGGUUCAUAUGCGGGGGCAUCCUGCUCCUGCUCGCCGGAGGCGCGACCGAACCGUCGAAGCAAGUCUACCUGUUCCUGUCGAUGGUCUUCUGGUCCGUGCGACUCGUCCUCGCCACGAUCGCCAUGUCCUCCGUGUUCGAGCAGAACAAGGCUUUCCGUCGCCACCUGCACGCCGUGCCGUCCGCUUUGUACGGCUACGAGGUGAACCGGCUCACCAUGCAGGCGUGCCACAGCGAGGUGGGCCUCACGGGGAUGGACUUCUUCACCGUGACCCGGUCCGUGCUGCUGACGCUGGUGGGCACUGUGGCCAGCUACGAGGUCGUCCUCAUGCAGUUCAGCAGGUGA